GAAUUUGUAAUUUUCGAUGCACAGUAGAUAUCUAAGGAUUUAAUUAUUUUUUCCUUCAUAUACCAGCAAGGGAUUUGAUAGCCUCGCUAAAAUGGAUAAAUUGAACGAGGCGUUGCCUAAAAGCGUGCGCGAAAAGACCAAAAAGGUCAUACGCGAAAACAGGGGACAUAUCUCAAUCUAUGUCUGCUUCUUUGUUGCUUUAUUGUUCAUGUAUUUUAUCUUUUCAGACGGAGAUUUCUCAUUCUUACUCACACUCUCCUCACUCAUCAGUGUCUUGUCGUUCCUCAUUGUUAUCUACUGUAUGGAAUCCACAAAGAGUUGCAAGGGGAUUUCAUUGCAAACAAUGAUAUCUUAUUUGAUCCUCUUGUUGGCAAGGCUCUUGUCCAUUACAAUUCAUCAAGGAUAUCUUCCAUCGGACUCCUCUGGAGAUUUUCUUUACCAAUUUUCUGAGUUUAUCUGCCUUGUACUUUCUGGAUAUGUUGUUUACUUGUGCAAAGUCAGAUUCAACAACACAUAUCAAGAUGAGGACGAUAUACUUGAAUAUAAGUACCUGGUAGCCCCUUGCCUUUUGUUGGCGAUUUUCAUUCAUCCAUCGCUAAAUCACACCUUUAUAACCGAUGUCAGCUGGGUUUUCGCACUAUAUGUGGAAACGAUUUGUGUACUUCCUCAGCUUCUCAUGUUCCAGAAAGCGGACAAAGUAGUGCCUGCUGUAGCGCAUUUUACAGCCGCUCAGUCAUUGGCAAAGGUGUUAUCCUUUGUAUUCUGGCUAUCUACAUACAGAGAGUUGAACUCCAAGGGAAACAUGCUCAAGCCUUAUGUCGGACACUGGGUCAUUUUCACUCAAGUUGUGCAAAUCCUUCUUGUCGCCGACUUUGUUUUGCAUUAUAUCCGUUGUAUUACUAGGGGAAUAUCUGUCGAACUUAUUAUGUCCGAUAACGUUUAAC